AUGAAGCAUCGAACAUCCAUUUCCAUUAUUAUCACCUUGUUUAUCAUCACUUCUCUUAGUGUUUCCCAAGCUAUUGACUGUAAACCUGGAAAUGGUGGGUCAAAAGUUGCAUACACCAUAGUUGUUGAUCAGUCUGAGAAAGCAAACUUCAAAACAAUUCAAGCAGCUAUUGAUUCCAUCCCAACAAAUAACGAUCAAUGGAUCAAAGUUCAAAUCAAUCCUGGCAUCUACACAGAACAAGUGACCAUUCCACCUGAGAAGCCAUGUAUUUUUCUUGAAGGACAAAGUAGCAGACUCACAACCAUUACUUAUAAUGCACAUGAAAGAACUGAUAUUAGUGCUACUUUUACCUCAAGACCAAGCAAUAUUGUAGCAAAGGGUAUAACCUUCAAGAAUUCAUUCAACCGUCAAUUGAUGCAAAAGAUCUACAAGGAAAAAGAGUUACGUCAUACAGUUCCAGCAGUUUCAGCUCUAAUUUAUGGUGAUAAAUCUGCUUUCUAUGACUGUGCUUUCCUUGGGUUUCAAGAUACAUUGUGUGAUGCCCUAGGCCGGCAUCACUUGUAUAAUUGUUACAUUGAAGGAGCAGUAGAUUUUAUAUUCGGUUCUGGCCAAUCUUUUUACGAGAGUUGUUCGAUCAAUGUUACGGGUGGAGGUUAUAUAACAGCUCAAGGUAGAGAAUUUCCUCAAGACGCUAAUGGUUUUGUAUUUAGUGGUUGCAAUGUUUAUGGGCUUAAAGGUGUUCGAGCUUAUCUUGGGAGAGCCUACAGGGCAUACUCAACAGUAAUCUUCAAGGACACAUUUUUAUCCGAAGUGGUUGAGCCUCUUGGAUGGGAUUCUUGGACUUACGUAGGGCAUGAGGGCAAUUUCACCUAUGCAGAGGUUAAUUGUAAAGGAUUGGGAUCAGACACUUCAAAGCGUGCGUCAUGGGUGAAGAAGCUUGAUGAAACACAACUCAAUAAGUUUUCAAAAUCAUCCUUCAUCGAUCAAGAUGGCUGGCUUGCCAAGCUACCUCUUUGA